AGCCUUUCGCCUUUUGACAUUUCUAGGCAUGCGCUAUGAAAAAUGCGCCAAAAUCAAAAUUUUACAAUUCCCGCCAGACAACUUUUGGUAAUAGUCCACAUACAUCCUUCUUCAGAUAAAUACAUUACAUUUGUAGCGAACACUCAAAAUGUCGUUCACAAUAAGUCAUAAAAUUUUAGUUUUAAGUGUCAGUUUGUUUAAGUCGUCAUGAACAUUUUACCUUUUUUUUGCAUCUGGAUGAACCUAUUUCUUUCUGUAAAUCUUCAAGUUUACGAGUGUCCUAAUUAUGAACUUUUGAAACAACCACGACUUAGGCGCACUGAAAAAUCAGCACAUAAAAUACCCCUGACUUGUAAUUUUGCAAUGAUCAACCCUAAAAAAGUUAUAAAUCCUUAUAGAAAUGAAGUACAAAACUAUGUACCAUCUAAACCCUUUGGAUCUGUAUGUGUUAUGUGUAGCAUGUGCUUGGCUGUUGCCAGAGAAAUGGAUAAACUAUUCGUAAAAAUCGUCAAAAGCAACAUGAAAAAUAAACAAACAGCAGUGGUAGACCUGAUAACGGAAAACAUUAAACAUAUGUGCUAUGAAGGCUUUGAAAAUUAUGAUUUAAGAAAAUCUAAACAACUUCAAGAAGUUACCAAUGAUUUCAAAUGUAGCACACACGUGAGGACGAAAAUGGAUGGACGAUGGACAGAAAAAUUACGAGAAAUGUGUGCAACAUAUCUAAAUUAUAUGGACGUUCAGUAUUUGUUAAAUACGUACUUAAAUGGAACUCAGGAUUUACAAAAUUACUUGUGCAAUAAUAAGGGGAUUUUCCGGGAUUGUUCCAGCCUAAAUAUGAAAAACAUGACCAUUAACCACAAACAAAAUACGUGCUAAUAUUGUA